AUGAACCUGACCCCCGAUGUUCUGGACACGGUGAAAAAGCUCAACGCGGCCGGUUACAAGAACCAGCUUGAGCCUGGAAAGCUGCUCCCAGAUAACUUCAACAUUGCCGACUCACCAAACUUCCAAAAGAUGAUGGGACCUAUUAUGAACAACAUCGACGCUACGCGCCUGGCCAUGAAGGACGAGACAGGAAGUAUACAGCUUGCCAAUAUACAGGUUGCCUAUAAGUCUUCACACUCUCAAUAUUUGUCUCCUCUCUUCUCCUUAGAGAAGAUGGCGGCUGUGACAGUGAUAGUGACGGUGACUGUGGCUGUGACUGACUUUGCAGGCCAAAUGCUCGAGGCAUUCAACGGGUUCAAGGCUAAGCUGGGGCUUACAUUCACCAACGAGUUUUCGGAGCACACGGCCCUAGACGGCCAUAAAUACCAGGUUAUAGAUCCAGAAAAGAUGGUAAAAAGUAACCCGAGCAUCACGCAAAAUAUCAAGGCACCCGGGGUGAUGACUACGAUUAGCUCCACACAACAGCAGCUGCCUGUACAAUCAUUUCCCCUAUUCCCCCGGCUUCCUGUCGAGCUGCAGCGCCGCAUCUGGGAGCUGUGCCUACCCGCGCGCAUUGUUGAGCUGGACCUGCAAGGCACCGACAUAGUUCCCACGUCGUGCAGCCUACAGCAGACGUCGCAGAUCAACAGUCGCGCCUCGCUAGCCACCCGGAUUUGUAGGGAAUCGCGCAGCGUUGCCUUUCUCGCUGGCGCCACGGAGCUAUACGACGACGACUUCCAGCGCAGCGACACCCCAGAAUGGGAGGCCAUGAACGACAUCCGGGAUCUCUGGGCAUCCCCGCCCACUGACGUGCUGCACCUCAACUACUAUGGCGCUUACGAUGGCUAUUACCAUUGGAGCGGCAACCCGGUGGAGUUUCUGAUAUGGUUAGCCCGCCGUUACCACAUGCGCAUGUCUAUUGUUGCGUCGUUACUAGUGGGAUUUGGCGAUACCGAGGGCGCCGAGUAUUUGUUCGGAUUCGACAAGAAUUUCGACUUGCUCGCCGAAGGUGGCGGGCCAUACUUGACCACCCUGUGCGUGGUUAGCCUGCACGUCGGUUUAGAAUCUGCGCUGUGGAAGGAUGGGGGGAUGUUGUUUGGGCGCUUGGGAGAGGAGCGCGUGAAGCUCAUUAAGGUGGGCGAUAAGGCCGCGCUGAAGGCGUAUUACAACCUCUGGGCCGCGGGGCCGGUCGAGGAUCGCGAGCCGGAGCAGUUUUUUGACUUGGCCGUGAGUAGGCACGAAUCCGAGUGGCUACCCCGAGUGGCGCAGUGGAGGCGGAGGCUACUAACAACGUGGAUGAAUCACUGCUGGGCGAAAGCGGAGGAGGCGAACGAACUUGGGAGCAUCCAAGACCACCAGGGGGUCUGGCGUGCGCCGAGGAACAAUGAGGGGAGGAUUAUUCCAAAAGGCGAUUCGGGUCCCUUUUCACAUUAUAUGAGGCCGGGGCCUGGGUUGGGCGGUAUGAGGACGCGUGUGCCAAACGAGGAGCAUCCGUGGGUCGCGGGGGGAUUGAGAGACAUGCCGUGCUUCGAGCCGGUGGUCAUGUUCCGGCUCUGCGAAGAUAAGUGCUACGCUCCUAAGCCACAGCGUACGAGAGGUUUGGGAAGAGGAGGGCUGGGUAUUAGGGGACAAUCGUCGCGAGGUUCUGUGUAG